UUACACGUGUGUGCGCGUGGAGUCCAUGCCCCGGCGGCAACGUACUCUUACACAAAAAGGCUGCCAUGGAGUAGUUCGAAGUAGCAAAAGCUCCCUCCCAAGUCUCGAGGGGUACUAACUAGCUUCACUAUACGUAACAGAGCUCGUCCGGUUAUUGAUCGAGAUGUCGACGGUGCCGUUUCCGUCGCGACUUUGCGGCGGCCUUCUGGUGGUGAUGGUGGCGCUUCUGCUUCCUGUCCACUCCGCCGCCGGCAAGUCGAGCUACACCGGCGUUUUAAGCUUCGGCGACUCGCUCGCCGACACCGGGAACGCCCUCGCCCACACGGGCGGCGGGGUCGGCAGCCAGCUGCCGUACGGCGAGACCUUCUUCGGCCAUCCCACCGGCCGGGCCUCCGACGGCCGGAUCGUCCUCGACUUCAUCGUUGAGGAACUGGGGAUGGAGUACCCGACGCCGUAUUUCGCGGGCAAGACGGCGGCGGAUUUCCAGCACGGCGUGAACUUCGCGUACGGCGGGGCGACGGCGCUGGACCCGGAGUUCUUGAGGAGCAGAGGGCUCACGCCGUUCGUGCUGCUCUCGCUGGCGAACCAGACCGCCUGGUUCAGACAAGUUCUACAUCUUGUGCGAUCAGUCCACGCGCAAAGGGAGCUGAUGGCGAGGUCGCUGGUCAUGGUGGGAGAGAUGGGGAUCAACGACUAUCUCGUCGCCUUCUUCGCUAAGCGCACACCAAGCGAGGUCGAGCCCUUGGUGCCGCACGUCAUCCAGGCCGUCCGUUCGCUCGUCAAUGAGGUGAUCUCCGCGGGAGCAAAGACGGUGGUGGUCCGCGGGAUGAUACCGCUGGGAUGCCAGCCGCAGAUGCUAGCUCUCUUCGAGAACACCGCCGGCGCCGAGUACAACGGUAAGACGGGUUGCCUGACGCGGCUGAACGAACUGGCCAGGAUCCACAACCGCAAGCUGUUCCGCAUGGUCCUGGAGCUCCGCCUCGCGAACCUCGGCAGGGGGGUCGACAUCUUCUACGCGGACCAGUACGGCCCCGUCGACAGCAUCGUCAGGACGCCCCGGAGGUACGGCUUCGGCGAGAAGCCGCUGGUGGCGUGCUGCGGCGGAGGGGGCGGCAAGUAUAACUUCGGGUUCAGCACUUUCUGCGGCGUGGAAGGGGCGACGCUGUGCAGUGACCCGUCCAAGUAUGUGUCGUGGGACGGGAUACACAUGACGGAUACCGCCAAUGGGAGGGUCGCCGCUGCCGUGCUCAGGUCCACCGGCAUCUUGCGCCCCAAAUCACUUGGUGUAGCAUCCGCGUAACUGUCGGUCCAUCCGUGUCGGAGUACCGUAGCGUGCGGAGUAGUAAAUGUUUGCACGUUUGACCUAUUAUUGUCGAAAUAUUACAUGUAUCUAGACGUUUUUAAAAAAUAGAUGCAUCCAUAUUUGGUCAAAUUUAAGUCAAGAAUUUAGAAUCA